CAAACCGUGUCGUUUUGCGCACGCAUUGUCCCCGCUGACCCGGAAGUUUUCACCUUAGUUAAAAGCGUCGGCCCGCGACUCGCGCUCUCUUCCUGUCUGUGCCAGGGCAGCGCGUGGUGCACGCCGUGCGAUUGUGACUCCCCGGCUGCGCCCUCAGGAUGACGGAGUGGGAGACAGCUGCACCUGCAGUGGCGGAGACCCCUGACAUCAAGCUCUUUGGGAAAUGGAGCACCGAUGAUGUGCAGAUCAAUGACAUUUCCUUGCAGGAUUACAUUGCGGUGAAGGAGAAGUAUGCCAAGUAUCUGCCCCACAGUGCAGGACGCUACGCAGCCAAGCGCUUCCGCAAGGCACAGUGCCCCAUCGUGGAGCGCCUCACCAACUCAAUGAUGAUGCAUGGCCGUAACAAUGGCAAGAAGCUCAUGACCGUGCGCAUUGUUAAGCAUGCCUUCGAGAUCAUCCAUCUGCUCACUGGUGAGAACCCCCUGCAGGUCUUGGUGAAUGCGAUUAUUAACAGCGGUCCCCGGGAGGACUCAACCCGCAUUGGACGAGCUGGAACAGUGAGGCGUCAGGCUGUCGAUGUGUCCCCCCUGCGCCGUGUGAAUCAGGCCAUCUGGCUGCUGUGCACAGGUGCCCGUGAGGCCGCCUUCCGGAACAUCAAGACCAUUGCUGAGUGCCUAGCAGAUGAGCUCAUCAAUGCAGCCAAGGGCUCUUCCAAUUCCUAUGCUAUCAAGAAGAAGGAUGAGCUGGAACGUGUGGCCAAGUCCAACCGUUGAUCUCCUGGCUAUGGCUCCAAUAAAUCUGUCUGCUUUUGGGGCAGCCUCACCCA